AUGAAGAAGGGUGGAUGGGUUCGCUGCCUCAAAUGUGCUGUAUCUGCCCAUUUCGGAUGCUUAGCAUCAGCACAACGCGACGAGAUCCUCAAGGCUGCGAAGGAACGCGACACCGCGCAAUGGAUACAGGACAACCCUGACGCCGAUCCCAAGGACGGACCCACCAAGCGCAAGGGCUUACAGAUUGACGAGACCACCGACUUCAUAUGCGGUCACUGCAUGAAGGGCGGGAUAUGCAUGAACUGUAACGAAAUGGCCAUUCUUCCCGGCGGUACUCUCCCCACGGAGCAAGGCAAAACCGAGGACGUCAAGAUGGCCGACCCCUCAGAUGACGUCGAGAUGGCAGACGGGACCAAGAACGCAACGGAAGGCCCCGCAGAAGAGUUGUUAUUCCGCUGCCUCACCUGCAAGCGCGCUGGUCACUACGAACAUUUGCCGCCGCCGGAGAUCGAUUCCUCUCCUGCCGAGACCGCCUACUACUACCAAGUCGACACCCACUGGCUUUGCGAUGACUGUCACUCGUUCAUCGGCAAGACUCUCGACAAGAUCAUUGCGUGGCGGCCUUAUCCCUCGAACGCUAUCCAGCCAUCCGAACCGGUCAACUACAAGGAUAACCUACCUCGGGAGUACCUCGUCAAGUGGGAAGGUCGCAGUUAUCGGCGUACGGAGUGGGUCCCGCAUAUGUGGCUACUGUCGACAUCGCCGGCCAAGUUGAAGAACUUUCUCGCUGUGGGGACGAAGGUCGACUUGUUGGAUGAGGCAACGGCGCGGAAGAGGGCGAUGGAAGAAGCCAGCGAACAUAUGUCGGACGUUGAAGAGACACCGGGGCCUGAUGCUAGCCUCACUCUGCCAACCAAUCAAGGCAUCGUGGAUGCUGAAUCCCGCAUACCUAAAGGGUGGAAGACGGUGGACCGCGUGCUCGACUUCAUCUUGUGGAACCCGCACAAGCCGGCGAAGGGGAAGGGCAAGGGUAAAGCCGCUCGUAAGGGCAAGAAGAAACGUGUACAACGUAUCGAGAGCGACGAGGAAGAGGAAGAUGAUGAAGAAGUCAAGGAGAUCCGUGAGAAGGCCUUCGAAGACGGCGAGGAGCCACCCGAGUCGGUGACCGAAACUCUGGAGGAGUGGGAGGCCCGGAACAAGCGCAAGUUUACUGUCGAUGACAUUGACGACGUGGUGUGGGCCUUCAUCAAGUGGCAGGACCUGGGCUACGAUGAAGCCACAUGGGACGCGCCUCCACAAAGGGAAGACUCCGGAUAUGACGACUUCAGGCGGGCUCUGGAACGCAACCUUCUCGCCCGAACGGUGAAGGUUCCAAAGAAGAUGCCGCAGCACGUAGAGGACCGGAAGAAGGAUGGCUUCACGAAACAUCGUUUGAAGCAGCCCACGGAUCUGAAGAUUGGUCAAGACCCCGCUCUCAAGUUGAUGCCUUUCCAGGUCGACGGCUUCAACUGGCUGUGCGACAACUGGUGGAAUCAUCAGCCAUGUAUCCUUGCCGACGAGAUGGGCCUGGGCAAAACGGUGCAAGUCAGUAGCUUCGUCGGCAACAUUGUCGACAAGUGGGACGCCUUCCCGGUGCUGGUUGUUGUACCCAACUCAACGCUCACCAACUGGGUGCGGGAGUUCGAGCGUUGGGCUCCCAAUCUACGUGUAGUACCGUAUUACGGAGAAGCCAAAGCGAGGCAGAUUAUCCAGCGGUACGAGCUUACACAUCCGAAGGCUCCGCCUGGUUGUACAGAGGCCAAGUUCCAUGUGUUGGUUACCUCGUACGAGGCAGUCACGCACAAGACUGACUUCGGUGGUGUCUUCAAGAAACAGCCUCGCUGGGAGGUUCUAAUCAUCGACGAAGGGCAGCGCCUCAAGAACGACAAGAGUCUCUUGUUCACGAAGCUGAAUGAGCUCAAGGCCAAGCAUCGAGUCAUCAUGACCGGCACCCCAUUGAACAACAACAUCCGCGAGCUCUUCAACCUCAUGAACUUCCUCGAUCCCGACAACUGGAGCGAUCUCGAAGCGCUGGAGACCGAAUACGAGGAAUUGACGGAGGACCUGGUCAAGCAACUCCACGACCGUUUGCGACCUUAUUUCUUGCGACGUAUCAAGAGUGAAGUUCUUACUUUGCCACCAAAGAACGAAGUCAUUGUACCCGUAUCGAUGACGCCGAUCCAAAAGGAGUUGUAUCGCUCGAUCCUCAGUAAGUGUACACGAGUUCUGAAAUGGCUGCGCCCUGACCAGUUCUACUCAGGUAAGAACGUCGAUAUCCUCAAUGAGCUGCGCAAUGGCGCAGGCAACAUGAAGCAGCAUGGCAGUAGGAACGUCAAGAAUAUGCUCAUGCAGCUCCGCAAGUCAGCGCAUCUUUCCUCCCCGCAAAGCACCGUUACUCACUCGAAUCAGGUGUCUCCAGCACCCAUACUUGUACGACGGGGAAAUCGAGCCCAAGGGAUUACCGCCGCAAGAAGCGCAUCACAAGCUCAUUGA